GAGAAAAACGUGUUUGGUAACCUGCAACAUCGAAUUUGCGUAAAGGGAAGACUCGCUCGUAUAUUAAGGCAGCAGCAGUUUCAGGGUGACGGGUCUGACUGACAUUCAACUGGCCUGUAAAACAGAGUAAAACUGAUCAAGAUAUGGGGUUCCUUGGAAGCCUCCUUGUGGUGGCUCUUCUAUGUCAAGUAUACAAGACAUCAGCUACAAUCAGCACAACCAUAACACCACCAUCACGACCUGGAUCAUCUGAUAUGCCUGGCCACAACCUGACGUUCGCUACCACGACCUACCCCGGAUUGAAUUACACCAUGAGCGGCAUGUGGCGGCCUUCGUUCAACAUGACGGCGUCUCCGUUCAACAUGACAACGUCUCCGUUCAACAUGACGGCGUCUCAGAGCAGCUGCGGCCAAGCCCUGAACAUGUCGAUCGGCCAAUUCAUGUACUCCUACUACAUGACGGAAACGUGCAGCUGGGAAAUCUCAGUGCCGCGAGGAAUGGUGGUGACCAUCAACUUCCAAAUAUUUAACAACUACUACAACAACAGCAUUCGGAUCUAUGACGGCCCACUGAAUCAGGUCACUGACCUACCAGUAAAUGUGUAUAGGUACAACUACGUGUCCUCCACUGAAUCGGUGCGGGUUGUCGUCACCAAGAACAACAACGGUUGGCUGUACCUGCAUGGAAAUUUCUAUGCUACACCAGCUGAUAGCCACUGUGGAGGCGUUUUGGAUAUAAUAGACAGCAGCCUGUUAAUACUGUCUCCAAACUACCCCAACAACUACCCCAGCAACCUAGAGUGCGUCUGGAUCUUCAAGGCACCAAGCCGUGGCAUCUCACUGUCAUUCAUGGAUUUCAGGAUGGAUGCUGACAAUUCAUCACAAGGGCAGAGUCACAGCAGGUGCGUGGGAGAUUCCCUGACCAUUUACAACGGAGAAAAUGUACACUCCGUGAUCCUGGACUCACUUUGCAGCAACAGCCCUCCCAGCCAGAGCCCGCAGUCCCAAGGCAGCAUGAUGGUGGUCUUGAAAUCCGGUGAAAGGAAUUCUUCUAGAGCUUUUGCUUUCAGCGUUUCACAAAACGGGUUCCAAGGGACUUGUGGAGGUGUAUUUAAUGGAACUGAAGGUUUCAUUUCUGGGAACGAUUCCUUCAGUAGCAACAAUUGCUACUGGCUCAUUGAAACAAGUCCGGACAAAGCUGUGUUCUUGAAUGGAACCUUCUGCCGGAAUGCUGAAAUCCAUGAAGGCCAGUCCAUCAAAGGGCCGACUUUGGCCAUUGUCAAUAAUUAUUACUGCGAAAACAUAAAUAUCCUCUCCUCUGGAAAUAAAGUCGUAUUAAUCACAUAUGGACCAUUUAAUGUGACUUACAAGGCUUCAGAACCGUCAACAUUGCUCGGCUGUGACUUUGAGCAAGGAUUCUGCGGAUGGCAAAACAAAUAUGAAAAUGCCGUUCAGUGGACGGCAAUUCAAUACAACAAUGUCUACGUAUUGCCAAUACUGAGUCUAAUUCCACACGGUCGUGCUUUCCUGGGCAUCAACCAAUAUAUGUACAACUCCAUGUCGACUCUGCUGAGCCCUCUCAUGACACAUCAAAACGGCCUCAGGUGCCUGAGCUUCUGGUUCAGCAUCGUUGCAAAUAGCAACUCCUCGCUGGCCUUGUACGUGACGGACACAGACUCCGCGCAGCGCUCUCUCCUGUGGAAGGCCUCCCCCCUCCGGGGCAUGAAUGCACGCUGGGGCAGGGUACUUGUCAACAUCAACUACACCAACUACCAGCUUGAGUUCGUGGCCGACACACACAUGCAAGAAAUCUCCCUCGUAGGCAUAGACAAUGUAACCCUGUCUGAUGGAGAAUGCCCUCAAGCUCCCCGUCCGUGCUACGAAUUCAUCAGUGCCUCUGAAGGACGCCUGGAGACCCCCCACGUUUCACAAAGUGACAAUGACUUCUGCCUGUGGGCUAUCAAUGGCAGCUACAACGAUAAAUUCCGAAUUUUCCUGGAAUUAAGCGGCCCAUCAGAGCAGAACGGCACGGAGGGUUGCUCCUCGAGCAAUAUGGUGGGUGCAGUAAUGGCAAAUAGAUACGGCACCCAGUUGGAUAUGCAGAGAUAUUUCUGCCGCAUCGGGUCCAUAAACAUGACCCUGCAAGGCAGUCCUGUCGUUGCCAUUUACCUUCCAGGGCUUCAGCGAAAAAAUGCAACAUUUAGUGGAAGGUUUGAAGCAUAUGUUUGUAGAAAACAGUUAAAUGAGACCAGUGGAGUCAUAUCAUCACCAAACUACCCAAAUGUCUAUGACAACUAUGAAAACUGUACUUGGCUGAUCCACUCUCCAGCAAACAAACAAAUCAGGCUCUCAUUUACAGACUUCAGACUUGAGCAAAAUUUUGACUAUGUGACGGUGUACGAUGGACCUUCAAGAGAUUACCCCCAAUUGGGUAGAUUUACUGGCUUCACUAUGCCCCAAGCCCUGAAUUCAUCUGGAAGCGACUUGUACGUCACAUUCACGUCUGACGGCAGCGUCGUAUACACAGGGUUCAGUGCAUAUUAUGAGACAUCUGUUUGUAGAAAACAGUUAAAUGAGACCAGUGGAGUCAUAUCAUCACCAAACUACCCCAAUGUCUAUGACAACUAUGAAAACUGUACUUGGCUGAUCCACUCUCCAGCAAACAAACAAAUCAGGCUCUCGUUUACAGACUUCAGACUUGAGCAAAAUUAUGACUAUGUGACGGUGUACGAUGGACCUUCAAGAGAUUACCCCCAAUUGGGUAGAUUUACUGGCUUCACUAUGCCCCAAGCUCUGAAUUCAUCUGGAAGCGACUUGUACGUCACAUUCACGUCUGACGGCAGCGUCGUAUUCACAGGGUUCAGUGCAUAUUAUGAGACAUCUAUUUGUAGAAAACAAUUAAAUGAGACCAGUGGAGUCAUAUCAUCACCAAACUACCCAAAUGUCUAUGACAACUAUGAAAACUGUACUUGGCUGAUCCACUCUCCAGCAAACAAACAAAUCAGGCUCUCGUUUACAGACUUCAGAAUUGAACAAAAUUAUGACUAUGUGACGGUGUACGAUGGACCUUCAAAAGAUUACCCCCAAUUGGGUAGAUUUACUGGUGUCACUGUGCCCCAAGCCCUGACUUCAUCUGGAAGCAACUUAUACGUCACAUUCACGUCUGACAGCAUCGUCGUAUUCACAGGGUUCAGUGCAUAUUAUGAGACAUAUGUUUGUAGAAAACAGUUAAAUGAGACCAGUGGAGUCAUUUCAUCACCAAACUACCCAAGUGUCUAUGACAACUAUGAAAACUGUACUUGGCUGAUCCACUCUCCAGCAAACAAACAAAUCCGGCUCUCGUUUACAGACUUCAGAAUUGAACAAAAUUAUGACUAUGUGACGGUGUACGAUGGACCUUCAAGAGAUUACCCCCAAUUGGGUAGAUUUACUGGUGUCACUGUGCCCCAAGCCCUGACUUCAUCUGGAAGCAACAUGUACAUCACAUUCACGUCUGACGAAAUCGUCGUAUUAACAGGGUUCAGUGCAUAUUAUGAGAGCAUUGAUCGGUGUUCAUUGAGUUUGCAAGGCGACUCUGGCAGAAUGAACAGCUUUAAUGACCUGGGCUCUGCAACAAAUAUGUUCUGCACUGUGGACAUUACAGUUCCUAAUGGCUAUUUUGUCAAGCUGCAAUUUAACUACUUCAAGCUACCGGGGAGCGAGCUGUGUGGCAACAGCUCCCUGACCGUGUACGACGGCGGUGCCCAGCAGCGGGGACAUUCACUGGGCAGAUUCUGCGGCCAAUCUCUGCCGCCGGGCGUGCGCUCCCUCUCCAACAACGUGACGCUCGUGUUUCAAGUCUCGGACAACUUCAUGCAAGAAUAUGGCUUCAGUUUGGAGUUCUACAAAGUUGACCCACUACCAGCCAGCAAAGAAUGUGGCUGGAUCCCCGUAGCAGAACGCAGAGUGAACAACCGGAUCGUGGGAGGCUACGAAGCAAGGCUCGGAGAAUGGCCCUGGCAAGCGAGCCUGCACUACUUCAACAGACUGGCCUGUGGGGGCUCCCUCCUCAGUGACCGCUGGGUUGUGAGUGCUGCUCAUUGCUUCGAUAGUAACAACCCAAACACCUGGAUGGUAUACCUGGGCCUGCACUCUCAGAACAAUCUCAGCGCUUCAACUGUCGUGGCCAGAAGCGUCAACAAAAUCCUCAUCCACGAGCGCUACAACAGAAGCAGCCAUGACUAUGACAUUGCUCUUAUGGAGCUGUCAGAACGUGUUUCCUUCACCGAUUACAUACAGCCAGUUUGCCUCCCACCUCGCUUUCAGAAGUUUCCCUACCCAGGGAAAUCAUGCUUCAUUUCUGGUUGGGGAAGACUUUUUGAAGCUGGCUACACAGCCACCCGGCUUCAGGAGGCUUCAGUAGAGAUCUUCAAGACGUGCAUCACCCCAGGGCCGCAGGCCUACAGCCCAUCUCUAAUCACCAAUAGGAUGCUGUGUGCAGGUUACCUCGAAGGAGGGGUGGACACCUGCCAGGGAGACUCUGGGGGUCCCUUGGUUUGCCAGGACUCAAACGGCCGCUGGUACCUCUCUGGAAUCACCAGCUGGGGCUAUGGCUGUGCACGGCCUUACCUGCCAGGUGUUUACAGCAGGGUCACCAAGUUCUUGGGCUGGAUUCACCAGAACAUGCAGUAGUCUCUUAUACCGUCCUGCACCGACACAAUACUAUAGAUCAUGAAUAUUAAUUAUGGGAACCGUAAAUCAAAAUAAUUAAUGCAGGCAAUCAAUAUGUAAAAAAAUACUCAUUGUAAAUUGUUAAAAUGUUCAUUCAUAUCGCUGAAUACUGUAUUUUAAAUGCACCAGAAUGUAACAAGGUUUGCAAGUCAAUAGAUGAACAAAGGUUUUGGGUCAAAUCAGACAACUCUGAUGGUUUAUAACAUGGUAUUUUGGAUUUGCAACACCUGUAAUGGGGCCUGGCAGAGCAAAAAUGCAUAUGAUGUGAAAACCACUUAACCAAGGUGGAAGGGUGAUUGUUGGCAUUGACAGGAGAUGAAUACAUAACUUUCUAUUUUUCAAUGUUGCUUGAUUCAACGUUGACACAAUGGACAAUUCAUGGACUGUCUAAAAUAUUUCGCCCAACCUGAUUUUACAUGACAGCAAAAUUAAGUACUGUCUAAACUAUGUACGAUGCAUUUAUUUGUUAUAUUUUGACCUGGGCCAUCAACUCGCGUCUCUCAUACAUUAAUUGCAAUGGCUGUUGAGCAGUAGGGGUACUUAGAGGCUAUCUAUGGAUCUUCUAGGGGACCACUGCAAUGAUCGGCGCAUCCAGACGAGAUGAUGCGUUCCACAGGGAGAAUGUCCUUCAUGGAGGUUGUCUAAAAGUGUGUCCGUGGCAAGGUUAUUGGUGAUUUACUUUCACCUUCCCUGGUCAACACAGCCCAUGAGUUUGUGAGUUUUGGUUUAAUAACUACAUAAAGACAAGACUGGUUUUGCACAAGGAGGCUGCAAAAAAAACAAGUUUGUAAUGCAAUUAGCUUGUCACAUGUAAAGUUACCUGAGACGCCUCUGUGUAAAUGGGCUGAUAUAAAAAAAAACAUUAUCAUAGUGUGCGUAAUAAAACUAUGGAAAAAUGUAAUGAAGAAAAUACUUCAUGGAAAUAUAUACAAAAUGAACAUUUUAACUCUUUUGUGGUAUUCCAAAAAUCAUGGUAUAUUUGAUUGGGUAAGACGGUUUGCUAGUUGGGGUGGAAAAUGGCAAUGAUCCUUCAUAAUGUGAGAGACUGAAAGCUGCUCUCAUGAAAUGUAAACUUUCUUUUUCAAAACGGAUUCACACGAAGCAACAUACUAUUUGCCACAACAAUCCGUAAUAUAUUUAAAGCAUUUGGAAAUCGAUGCAUGCUUAAUAGUAAUCUGGUGAAUAAAUAUAAA